AUGGCUUGCCUCUCAUGUGACUCACUCUUUGUUCCCAGUCUGAAUUCGUGGCAUCCCUGCCAGAAUGAAUUCUCACACCCUGUACUGAAAAACAAGAGGAGAGGACUGCUUCUGCUUUUGCUUCGUCUAAGUUGUGGAGACGCUCCCAGGAGGAGGACUAGGUGUCAGCUUUGCUUACAGGAGAGAAUGCAGCAAAGCGCUGAGAAUGCUGAGGCAGAGGACUGCCCAGAGUCAGAUCAGGAAGAUGCUGCCCCUCUGCUUAACCAGCAGUUGUCACCUGGGAAAGGCCUCUGCUCAGCUCGCUACAGCCUGGCUCUCAUCCUGCACUUCUCUCUCUUCAUGGUGUAUUCGCUCCGGGUCAAUCUCAGUAUCGCCCUCGUAGCCAUGACGAACGGCACCAACCCGGGCAGCCUGCCUAAUAUCUCCACGGACGUGUGUCCCAAUCGCUCCCACGCUCAGCCCAACGGCUCCCACCAAGAAUUCGCCCAAGAAGCCCCCGUGUACGACUGGAGCGCUAAGACCCAGGGCGUCAUCCUCAGUGCCUUCUUCUAUGGCUACCUCUUCACCCAGCUCCUCGGCGGAUACUGGUCGGGAAUGUUCGGAGGGAAGCUAGUGUUGGGCUGCGGGCUGCUCUCGACCUCAGCACUCACCCUUCUCGCGCCGCUGGCAGCUAGCCUGGGAGCAGCAUACCUCAUUGGGCUGCAGGCAGUGCUGGGCAUGGCAGAGGGGGUGAUAUUUCCAGCACAAUACACGCUUUGGGCAAAAUGGGCUCCUCCCUUGGAACGCAGCAGGCUCAUGAACCUCGCUGAAGCUGGAUGCACUUUUGGGACCUUCAUCACCUUCCCUGCAGCUGGAAUCAUCUGCCAGUACCUGGGGUGGCCUUACAUCUUCUUCAUCUUCGGUGGCAUUGGCUGCGUUUGGUGUGUGUUCUGGUUCCUUCUCGUCUAUGAAGACCCUACACAUCACCCUCGUAUUAGUGCUGGCGAGAAGGAGUACAUUGUGUCAUCACUGGCCAACCAGGGCAGCUCUCACGGACACUCCCUUCCACUCCUGGCCAUGAUGAAAUCACUGCCUCUUUGGGCCAUCGCAGUUGCCUGUUUCUGCAGUGACUGGCUGUUCUACAUGCUGCUGACGUCAAUGCCAACGUACAUGAACGACGUGCUCCACUUUGACAUCAGAGAGAAUGGGCUUCUCUCUGCACUUCCUUACGUGGGGAACUGGCUGGGUACCAUCGUGUCGGGGCUGCUGGCAGACUUUCUCCUGUCCAAGCACAUGUUCAGCACAGCAACGGUUCGGAAACUCUUCUCGGUGCUCGGGAUGAUGCUCCCAGCCGUCUUCCUGGUGGCCAUGUCCUACGUCAGCUGCAAUUACACAGCAGCCGUGGUCUUUUUGACGUUGUCCGUGACUGUAAUCAGCAUGUGCGGGGCUGGCUUCUACAUUAACCAGAUGGACAUUGCUCCCAGAUACGCUGGAUUUCUGCUGGGAUUCACAAACACCUUUGGAACAGUCUCAGGAAUAAUUGCUCCCACCGCAGUUGGAUUCCUCACCAGCCAGGACCUCCUGACUGGCUGGAGGAAUGUCUUCUUCAUGUCAGCGGCCCUCAAUUUCUUUGGCCUGCUGUUCUAUGUAACCUUUGGCAGUGGAACUAUCCAGGACUGGGCUAGAGAGGACACUGCUCUCCAAUGAAAUGCCAAGGCAUACUGCCAGGAGAAGAAUAUGUAACCAAGGCAGGAGGUAGAAAACAGCCUAGUGAACACAGAUUAGUCAAGUAAUCCCACUUCUCUUUCCAGCACUGGACACCCGAAUAACAGGAGCCAUUUGUUUUCCCAACCUGCCCACCCAACUCUUGAAUUCUGAGCCCUUCUCUCACAUCCUUCCUCAGCUUUCGCUUGACCCAAAGCACCAUUGAAAUGCAUGUGUGUGCACAAUAGAUUUGGGAGGUAGUGUGUCCUAGUGAAUAAAUCAGUGGCUUACAGCUCAGACCUAGGUUCUGUUCUCAGCUCUGUCUCUGGCCUGCUGAGUAAUCUUGGGGAAGUUACUGUCCCUCUCUGUACCUCAGUUUCCCCCAUCUGUAAAAUGGGGCUAAUGACACUACCCUCCUCUGUAGAGUGCUUUGAGAUCAGUUGAUGAAAAGUGCUGGGUAUCAUUAGGCACGAUGAUUAUACUCACUGUAAUUGGUGUAUAUGGGUGCCUGAGUUCCAGUCUGGGGGAGGGUGAAGGCUUUGGCUUCAGGCUCUGGCCAGGUUAAUAGGGAAUGUACAGAAGUGAGGUAUUUUAGAGUGUGACUAGUCAUAAUGGGCCAUCCAGUGGAAGAGGUGGAGUCGAGGAACAUUCAUGUAUUUGACCACAAAUUGGAUGAUCCUCUGCAAUCUAGCAGGCCCUGGCUAAGGACAUUAAGCACUACUGGAAUAAUAGCUGCUAGGUCCGUGUUCAGUGAUUAUACCAGCUGAGCUUGUCCAGCCAAUCUGUAACAGCUACAAGUGGUUGUAGCAGGGGGAAUGGGCUCGGGGAUGGGGGGCAAGUCAGCCCUCUUCAGUUCUAGGUGUAGGAGGGACUUAAAAGGAGGAAAGCCUAGCAGCUGAGGUCUGGGACUGACUGGGGCCUGCCAGAGGCCCUUAGCUGGAAGUUAGACCAGGAGCUGGGGCUAGACUGGCUGUUCCUGCUGGGACCCCACCUAUAAAAAGCCAAAGAUUCUUUUGCUAUUGUUUUUGGAUGAAGCCAAAGGGGCUUGGUAGGAAGGCCGGGUCACAUGUACAGCAGGAGAAGGCCAAAGACCUUGUGGGGAAAUCAAAGCAAAGUGAUGCCCCACUGCCUCAGGAGGGGUGCUCUGCAAUGGUGAGUCUUGUCCAGGGGACUCUUACGUGUUUAUAAUAGGAGCCUGUCUUCUGCUAAAUGAAGCACUCCUGGAUUAGCUGCCUGCAUUUUGCAGUGGAUAAGGGUGGGGAAGUGAGGAGGCGGAAAUGUUGAUAACUCUGCCCCUAAAAAGGAGAAUACAUGACAGUGUAUCAAGAGGUCAGGCCUAGCUCAUUUAGCUGAUCGCUGCAGAAAACGAGUAUCUCGUUUACCCGUGCCUUACUCUGAGAACACUGCCUCAUACACUGCCUUCAGACCUGGUUUGAAGCUUAAUCUCUGCUUUUUCUAGAUUUACUUAGCCCAGCACAGUUGAAUGAUGGCUUGUAGCAAAAGCUGCAGUUUAAGAUUCAUGGGGAAGUUAUAAUUAGAUUGGUGCUGGGGUAAGUGACCGAAUUUCCCUUUUCAAAAGAGCUGGUUUUGGUUUUCGAAACCAAGUAGGGAAUGUCAAUUUAAAACAAAUAAAAACCAGAAGAGAAUGCAAAGGCUUCACUUGUUCCCCUCCAUAGAGGCGUUUGAGUAGGUUUCUAGACUGCUCAGGGCAUGAGUGAGCUUGGAGGUUUCUUCUAGUUUUACAAUCCCUUUGCUGGAGUUCCAGCCAAAUGUAGGUUUAGCCCUCUGGCAUGGAAUUCUGACGUCUAGUUUCUGUAGUUCGGAUGUGAGCCCUGGAAAUAAAGUUCAGAUUUUAUUUACACCAGAAAUGGUUAGACAGAUUGUCAUGGAAAUGUUUUAUUCACACCAAAAAGGUCAGGAAACCCCACACGUCCAGCCCAGACCCCAGCGUGAAAGUCCCAUUCCCCCUGGAUGCUUUUCCAGUGUGUUGUUUUUUUACUACUCGUGAGCCAGUCCUGGAUAAGCGAGUCCAGACACUGAGCUGUGAUCAGACAGCUUUGGGCACUCGCUGUUGUUGGUACCUCUGAGCAAGCUGGCAAGUGGAGAAGUAGCAGGAGAAUUCACUUCUCAGUAGCCUUCACUGCUGACUUUGUGACCUUAGCAGGAUCACCAACCUUCUUGACAGCCUUGUCUGCCUCACGUCCUGAACAGCAAAGCGACCUGCCCGAAGAGGAACGCCGUUAGACUGGAUUCUGUGUCAUGCACAGCAGGGUUUGGAAUAACAGCUUGAAGUAAGAGUUUUGCUACCCACGCUAUGGAAACUUUGAGGUUUGAGGGGGCCAUCUGAAAAGUUAUUUGCAGAAGUAGAUGGAGAAAUGAUCCCUUACUGCAGUGUUUCCCAAACUUGGGACGUCACUUGUGUAGGGAGAGCCCCUGGCAA